AUUACCUUCAUCUCCUUAUACUUCUUGGCAUUUACUGCAACUUUUUAAUCUGCAUUGUCUUGCAACUCCUUUUCCUCACUUUUCAGGACACUUCCCCAUAAGUGGAACUGAACAAGAGUAAAAAAUAAACAGAUCAAUUUAUUUGAAACUGCACUGAGGAAAUGACAAAAGAUGAAAACUUUAAGCUCCUAAAGUUCCAGAAUUGUGUUCUCCGGGUGAACAUGCAUUGUGAUGGAUGCAAGCAGAAAGUGAAAAAGCUCCUUCAGAGAAUUGAAGGUGUUUACCAAGUAAACGUUGAUGCUGGGCAGCAAAAAGUCACAGUUUGUGGAAGUGUAGAUUCAGGAAUUCUAAUUAAAAAAUUGUUUAGAGCUGGUAAGCAUGCUGAGCUAUGGUCUAAGAAAAAUAACCAAAACCAGAACCAGAACAACACUUACUGCAUGAAAGAUGGAAAGGACAACAGAAAUCAAAAGCAAGUUCAGUUUAAGGAUCUUGAGAACCAACAUGAAUUCAAUUUUGUAGCACUAGGAGAGGAAGACGAUUAUAAUCUUGAUGAGUACGAGGAGGAGGAUGAUUAUGUUGGUGAAGAAGAGAUGAAAUUUAUUAAAGAAAAAGCAAACCAAAUAGCCCUUCUUGGGCAACAAAAUGCAGAAGCAAACAAUGCCAAGAAAGCAAUGUCAGCAGCUCCCAACAAUGUAGUGAAGGUAAAUGAAAAUAUCAAUGCUGGCAAGAAACUAAUUGACCCCAACACAUUGGCUGCCUUGAAAAUGAACAUGAUGAAUGGUGCACAAUUGGGAGGUGGUGGAAAUGUCAAUCUAGGUGAAACUGGACAUAUGAGAAAUGAUAUAAAUGCAAGUAUGAUGAAUCUUGCUGGUUUUCAUGGGAAUGGUACUAACAAUGUUGCUUCAAUCUUGAAUGGAGGAAACAAUUCUAACUUAAUGGGACCUAGAGGAUUUCAAGUUCAUCCAAACAAUGUCAUACAACAAGGAUCUUCAGGUCAUUUUAAUCCUUCUAGCACCUCUAUGCUAAUGAACAUGAACAAUAUUGGUGGUCAUCAACAGUACAAUCCAACAUCAAUGCUGAUGAAUUUGCAGAACAGGCAUGCUAUGCAACAGCCUCAGAUGAUGUACAAUAGGUCUCCUUUUGUUCCUCCGGCAACCGGUUAUUACUAUAAUAAUUAUGGCCAAGUACCAUAUAUUUCUUCUUAUGUUGAGCCUAGUUUUGCUUCUGCUGAUCCCUCUGCUAAUAUGUUCAGUGAUGACAACACCAGUAGUAGCUGUUCAGUCAUGUAAUAAACUUGUGGGAAUUUAGUAGAGGAGGGAUAAUUUCUAUAAUAUUUUGUUCUCAAAUAAGAUAUUAUGCUUUAUGUAUUUUCUUGCUUGUUGUAUAAUUGUCUCUCUUAAGACCUGACAUUAUUGUCUCUCUAUCCAUUAGUAUCUAUCUGGAAUGGGAAAUUAUAUUAAUAUAAAGUUUUUGCUU